ACCGGUUAGGUCAAAUGGAGAGUGAGCGCGCCCUGCAUUCUACGUGGCGUUAAACUGCUCUACAACCACUUCAGUUUUGGAUCCUUGCGUGUCUAGGUUACUCAGCCUAAAUCACAACUAGUCUCUGUUGUUUUAAACUAUGGCUGAAUGUUCUGGGAACGACAUAUAUAUAUUCUACAAUUGAGUUAAGUCUUAGAAUAAAGAAAAAUGUUAAAUUUCGUCUUGCAAGAUGUCUCAAACAACACGGAGCAAAACACAACAACGCCUGAGGACUGGACUGUUGUGUACUUUGCAGUCAGAUGGAUCCAGAUGAUUAUGGCAGUGCUAAGCAUUGUCGGUUCCGGUUCCAUAAUUGUUUAUGCAACUUUCCAACACCUUAUAAGGACACCUGAGAUCCAGCCAUUGUUCUUACUGAGUGUGACAGACUUGCUGCUGGCAGUCAGCUGGCUGAUAGGAGCAGUACUGUUCACCCAGGACUGUGCUAGCCAUGUGACCUGCUACAACCUACACAUCGUUGAACAGAUGCUGUAUAUGACCUCGUUCUUCUACACAUUGAACUAUGUAUGGACCCUGUACUCUGGGCUAAAUAACAGAUUCUACAGUAGCCUUCAUGGAUACCCAGCCCAAUGCGCCACCAAACUGAGAAGCUUCAGCAAGAUUGCUGCAGUCCUGUCAUGUGUCCUCCCCGUGCUGCUGAUGCUGCCAGUGUUUGUAACAGGAAACAUGGACCACUGUUACACAAACCUCAGCCAGCCUUACAAGUGCCUUCUAAUGCACACGGAGGCACUCUUCAUGUCCACUGACUUGAGCAAGAUGGAGGUGGACUCAGCUUGCCGCCUGGUACACAUGUACAGUAUUGCUGUCUUCCUGGCAGUGUUCCUCCUCACCUUUGUUGGCAUUGUGGUGCUCAUGGGAAAAGCCCGCACUGUUUACAGACGUUGUGUGAGUUCUAGUGGUUUCCUAGGCGACAGGCAGUGGGCGUCGCUUCGUGUUCUGGACCGACACAUGCUCCUCUACCCCUCUGUCUUCUUCUUCUGUUGGGGCCCAGCAGUCUUCCUGGCAGCCAUGAUUCUGUACAACCCCAAAUCAGUGGAGGGAGUUGUGGGCGUCAUUCUCUACAUCUUACAGGCCUUCACCUCAUCCUCUCAAGGCCUUCUGAACUGUGUGGUGUACGGCUGGACACAGACACACUUUCGCUCAGCUAGCAAAGAUGCUCUAAGGGACAUGGACACCCAGACGCCACUUCUGAGAUCUCAGAAGAAAGGCUAUAAAACUCUAUGGUCAACACCAUCCCCCAAACCAGAUGAUAUAGAAGGAUCUGGUAUUCUACCGACACCACAUUAACGUACUAUGGCGGUUGUGAAACUGGCAAAAGAAAUUAAACAAAGCCUUUUGUGCCAGACUGGGAGAGUGACGGUUUGGUUUUGAAUCUUGGGGACAGUACCUUGGGAAGCACCUGUUCUACCAAUGAAGCAAGAAUACCCAAGGCUGUACACAAGGGACAGCAGGGUCAAACCAGACAGGGGCUGAACUGCUGUAAAGAAAAAAAGGAAGAACCAGGGAAUUUACAACGAGAGGAAGAGCAGCUCUGAAACAGGAUCUGAGAGCUCUGUACUUUCAUCAGAGUCACUCCCUCCCUCACUUCUUUUGACUGCAUCGGUCGUGCAAACAUUGUCUCUUACAUUCGUGUUUAGAAUUUCCCACAGUAGUUGGGGACAGCCGAGGAUAUUUGUGAAAGGCUUUGUAACUGACUGGCAUGUCUUUGAUUUAGAGGGGCCCUGAUUGAGCCCAACCGUGUGGAAAACAGUGCGCAGCAGCCUGUCACUUUUCAUCUUGAUGGAACAAAGGCACUCCAUUCACAGAGAUGCUGCUUGACGUACGAGUUGGGCCCGUGGUGUUGUGUGAUGGUCGUAGAUACGCAAGUGUGUGCAAUGUUUAGUUUUUGCCCUGCAUGGGCUUGGUCACAGAAAUGUUACUGUAAGUUUAUGCUCACUCCUUGAGUUCAAUUCUAAACUUUUUCUAUCAAAGGGGGCAAUUAUUGCCUUGCAUAAAAUGUGACAGGCAUGACAACGGGAUAAAUACAUCACCACAACAUACACUUUUUCCCCCUGAGAUGCAAAUGACACUGAAUGAAAAGAGUGUGAAUUUCCGGUCUGUCAAUGCAUUGGCCUUUAUUUCUGUUCAACUCAAUCCAUCAAUAUGAAAUGGCCAGUGCAGCUACAAUAUAGUAACUGCUGCAGCCUCAUCAAAACAAUCAAAUAUUGUUUCACUCCCACAUCCGACCAGCUGCAUCAUGGCAGUUAUCAAAGAUGAGGCUGUAGUCAGUGCCUCCAGCUUUGACGAAAUCGGAGACCGUCUUACUUCCUCUAAAGUUUUUGGUUUCAACUUUCUGCAAAAAGUGUUUUGAAAAACAAUGUUUUAAUCUGAACGACUAUGUAUUUGCCACUACAGAGUCAUUUAAAUAAAAAAUGGCUUAUGAAAGAAAGCUGAUUGAA